CUCCCUACCUAGCGUUACUGUAGACAGAUUUUCUAUCUUUCCGACUUCUUCCUUCUUUAUGACUUUUCUUUUCCAUUGACAACCACAUCUGGCCGAGCAUCCUGCCUCAUCUUUCCAUAUUCCAGUCUCGAUACCUCGUCAAUCUAGCUAUCAAGCGCAAUAAACAAACUCUUCAUCAGUCAUAACUUCCUGUAAGAUCCCCUCAACCCCUUCAAGCAAACCAUCACUGUUGCGAUCCUAAUCAAGAAAACAUAGCAUCCGGAAUGCACAAGUAUUUCGCCCUAACAAUCUUCUUCAUCGUCUUCCGCGAAUGCAUCGAAGCCAUCAUAAUCAUCUCGACCCUCCUCUCCCUCCUCAAGCAAAGCCUAGGGCAACCGGGUCAAGACCGCCGUAUCCACUGUCGCAUCGUCAAGCAACUAUGGGCGGGAGUCGUCGCCGGAAUCGUGCUCUCCAUCAUCAUUGGCGUUACUUUCGCCGUCAUCUUCCAUCGUUUCGGCAAAAACCUGUGGGCCAAGGCUGAGGAUCUCUGGGAGGGCAUUUUUUAUGCUAUUGCGACCUUCUUUAUUACCAUUAUGGGCUUGGGGUUUCUGAGACUCAAUAAGUCGCAGGAGAAGUGGAGGGUUAAGAUUUCUAAGGCUCUGGUGGAUCAGAAGAGGAAGAAGGGGGUGUGGGCAUGGUUGGGCAGUUGGGCCGCGAGAUAUGUCAUGUUUGUCGUCCCUCUCAUGACAGUCGUGAGAGAAGGAGUCGAAUGCGUCGUCUUCGUCGGCGGCGUCUCCCUCGGCUCCCCCGCCUCAUCCUACCCGCUCCCCUUCCUCGCUGGCCUCCUCGCCGCCGUCGCCAUCGGCUUCCUCAUGUACAAAGGCGGCAACCGGCUCUCGAUCCAAAUCUUCCUGAUCAUCUCAACCAGCUUCCUGUACCUGAUCGCCGCUGGCAUGCUCUCCAAAUCCGUGUGGAGUCUCCAAUACCAGCACUUCCAGAAGAAAGUCGGCAGCGAUGUCGCGGAGGCAGGUGAUGGGCCGGGAUCCUACGAUGUAAGGCAGACGGUGUGGCAUGUCGAUUGCUGUAAUCCUGAGACGGGCCGCGGGUGGGAUGUCUUUAAUGCGCUGUUGGGGUGGCAGAAUACGGCUACGUAUGGCUCGGUGAUUGUGUACAAUGUCUAUUGGUUGUUCAUCAUCUUGUUGGUUGGCAGUUUGCUGUAUGAGGAACGCUGGGGGCCGUUGCCGUUGAAGACGAAGAUUCUGGGGUUCUUGUUGAGGGUCCCGGUUUUGAAGAUAUAUGUUAGGCAUAAGAUGAAGGCUAAUAUUGGUCAUCAAGAGGCUGAUGACCUUGUGAGACAGGUCCAGGAACAUCUUAGGGAGGUGCAUGAAGGGCAGCAGGGUAGUGAGGAUAUCUUUGUUGCGCAGGAGUCUGUUGGUGGGGAGAUGUUUGAGAUGGAGGAGAGGAGGGGGGUAACUCUUACAGAGGAAUCGGUUGCUCGAAUUUGA